UUUAGCAAAAGUCCAGAACGUAAACAUUGUGAACUUGUCUUGUGUUGUGAAGUGUUUUUAGUUUUUACAUAGAAAUGUACAAUAAUUACGCGUAAUGGACAAAUAAAUAUAACGUAUUCGACCCUAAUAAUAAUCAAUUCCUUAACGUAAAACGAAUUAAUGGAUGAUAUGGAGCCCUUUAUGAAUAAUGACGUAUUUAAUGUACGCGAUAUCUCUGAAAUAGAAGAUUUCCUAAGCAGUUGCGAUGGAGAUUUUAUGAAGAAGCUAGAAGAAGAACUCUCGGUUGUGGACACAGAUCCGGGACUGUUAAGUGUAGACACCACAUACAGUCCAAAUGUUUCAUCACCCCAAACUUCUCCUUACUAUAAUACGCAAGGCAAUCCAUUAGUGUCACAACAGCCACAUAAUAGAAAACAACAGCUACAUGCCCAACAGCCAAAGAGCAGCCCAGUUUUGGGGGUUUAUGGGAGGGAAGAAAGUUAUAACUUGGAUCCCAAUAUAGAAGGCGCAAAUUUGCCAGAUGUGACUCAGAAUUGUCAAAAUCAACCAGUACAAACACCGAUGAUCCUCCAACAAGUAAUACCAAGUCCCCUUUAUGUCAAUUUAGCUCAGGGAAGCUUGCAGAAACUAUCAGAUGGUAGGGCAUCCAUUGUUCAAUUAGAUAGUAGCAAACACAGAAAUCAAAUGACUAAAUCUCAGCAGCCAACGCAACAGUUACUGAUACCAAAUAAUGCCAAAGGUGUCACCCCAGUUUUCCUAAAGAGCGCAGAUCAAAAUUUUUCUCCAGUCAUAUUACAGUCGAAUAUUCUUAAUGCAGAAUCACAGACACUAAUGUAUACUAGUGCACCAGUACAAGAUCUACAUCUUAUUUCAGGUGCAACUCAAGGAAUAAUUACAAAUGCAAAGUCGGGAAAUGAAAAUCAACCCAUACAUCUCUUUACUAGUAACAGCGGCCCUACAUUGCUAACUUCCAGUAUACCCUUAGUUUUUGACAGUGACAAUAUUGUCACAGCUCAACCCAAAGUAAAGGAAGUAAAAAGGAGUGCACAUAACGCCAUUGAAAGGAGAUAUAGAACUAGUAUUAAUGAUAGAAUUAUUGAACUUAAGAAUAUGUUAGUUGGUGAAGAAGCUAAGUUAAAUAAAUCUGCAAUAUUACGUAAAACAAUAGAUUACAUUAAAUACCUACAAAACCAAAAUACAAGAUUAAAGCAAGAGAACAUGGCUCUCAAACUAGCUUGUCAAAAGUCUGGAGUGAAGGAACGUGUGUUUGACGGAGCAUACACUCCUCCACACAGUGAUAUAUCUUCACCUUACCAUUCCCCUCAUGGAACUGACAGUGACUCUCCCUCAUCUCCUGAAUAUAAGGUGGAAGAGAAAUACUCAAAAAUUGUCAUGGGCAUGGGUGACCACUCACGUUUAGCGUUAUGUGCCUUUAUGGUUGGACUCCUUGCCUUCAACCCAUUCAGUUCUUUCUUUGGAAACUUUAUGUCAGAUUCCUCAUCACAUGAUUAUUCUGCUAGAUUUGACCAAAGAAGAAUUCUAUCAGAUAAUGAUUUAGAUUCAAAUAGUUCAUCAUGGGGAGCAUGGCUGUUCAACACAUUCUUAAUUUACCUCGUGAAUUUCGUAAUACUCGGCGGCUGCCUAAUAAAACUGUUAGUUUACGGUGACUCUGUACCGAAAUCACAAUCAAAGGAAGCCGGAAUUUUUUACAAACACAAGCGGCAGGCGGAUAAUUAUUUGAAAAAGGAUGAUUUAACCAAUGCCCGUUUAGAACUACACAGAGCCUUGGCUGCCUGUGGUAAAAGUGUCCAGUCAGGUGGUCAGAGUCAUGUGAAAUAUUCCGCGUUAAUAGCUGCAGUGUUACGGCAAGUUCUGCAACAAUUGCCCUUUGGAAGGUUUCUUGCUAAGCGGGCCGGGGAUGUAUGGAGUGACAGUCCUGCAAGACGGGCAACCCAACAUUGGGCAGCAGAAGUAACAAGCGUAUCCCAUCGUUUGGCUCAACUGGAGAUUCUGUCGACUAAGAGCACUCGAGGUGAACGUUUGCUGUUAGCAUUGCAAGCUGUGAACUUUGCUCAAACAACAUCUAAUAAACACCUGCUUGCUGAAACUUAUGUCACAGCAGCAUUGGUGUUUAAGGAUAAUAUGCCGAAGUUUGGAAACUGGUUGUGUGGCUAUUACUUACGUUUGUGCGUGAGGCGGUGCUGGGAAGCGUGCUCGGAGGGUAAUCCCCGGAUACGUUGGGCGACGACGGAGCGUGGUCAAAAGUUUCUACGUUCACGACACUGGGGAUACGAGCCGAAUCCGGCGCAUGUCGUUUUUUCACGUCUACCUUCUAUCACCGAUCCACUCGCAUAUGCUAUGAGGGCUUAUCACCUCGAGGUUCUUCAGAAAAGCCUCCAUAUGCUGCUAUGUGCUGAUGAGAGAAGCAACACCCGUGAUGUACUGGACCUUGUGAAGCUGAUAACCGAUGAUGUUUCCACUGAGACACCACAUCAUACUGGUUGCUGGGACCCUGUUAUGGAAUGGUGGGCAAGCAUCGUGGGUGUUGCAGCUACUUGGUUGCUUGCCGACUCACAAAAGUCCGCGGACAUUGUCGACAAACUCAAUUUGCUGCCAGAAGAACUCGCAAACAGCGAAGAUCCCUUGCCCGGAGCGCUCCACUCGGCGUACAAAAGCCGCCGCGGCCUUCUGAGCCUUGCACUUUGCAAAGAUGAGCACUCCGUCGAGAGGACUUCCGAAACUAUACUCAAGGUGUGCGAUAUCGCUGGAACCAGAUUAGCAGAUUCGCUGGCCUACUACUGUUGCCGUAAACCGACACAGCUAAUGAUGCUAAUGCAAGUGCUGUGCUGUGACUGGGUGCUGGAGGUGCGCGCGGGGGUGUGGGAGGCGAGCCCUGCGGUGCGUAGUGCGGGGGGUCGCUCGGGCACCACUCCGCCCGCGCCGCAUCGCCACCUCCGCGCCUUCCAGCGGGACUUGCACUCGCUACGUCGGCUAUCACAGACAUUGCCGUGGGUGACGUCACGCGUGUUUCUACAUUCGGCCGUGUGCCGAAUGAUGGCGGGAGCGGCGCCACGGCGCACGCAACAGCUACUCGACGGCAGCCUGCGUCCACGGCUCAACCGCUCCUCAAUUAUAUGCGGGAAAGAACGAGCAUUAGAAGGCGGUGGAGGCGAAGGCGAGCGAGCGGUUGCUCUGUAUAUGGCAUGCAAACAUCUUCCGGCCGCGGUAUUGGCUGCUCCCGGAGAGCGCGCCGGAAUGCUGGCCCAAGCGGCCGCUAUGUUGCAGAAAAUUGGUCACCGCAGUCGACUCCCCCACUGCUACCAUCUCAUGAAGUCCGUUGGCACAUUACCAUCCGCCCCUUGAAAAAGACUAAAUAUAGGUAUCGGCAGAUAAAAACUUUACCCUUAUAACCUUUUUUCAGAUUUUUAAACGUUAAACCAGUCAACCUUUAGAACCUAUUUAUUUUCUUAAUUAGUAUUGGAUUAUUAUUUUCCACUUUAAAAAGUAUUAUAGAAGCUAAUUGUACCUAAACUUAUCUUUAGUUUUUUAGUCUAUGUCCAAUGAUGCAACACGGCUCCUGCUAAAUAUUUUCUUCCUAUUAAAUAUUAUGUAGUUUACGCACGUGAAUUAAGUGCGAUGAAGCAUUCUGCAGAUAACGCUUUAAUGUAGCAUUUCAUUUAAAAUAAAUGGAAAACGAAGAAGUGUCUACGUUGCGACAGCAACGAUGAAGCAGAGACAAAUAAAUACACGCGCGUUCGGCCGUUAACUACAUAGUCAAAAUAAUUUUACUCACGAGAGCUGCUUAACUCUUAAAUAUUUGGACCAUUUGAGUUUUAAAAUUAUUAUAAUUCACUCAACUGUGGGUAAUAAUUCUCUGCAUUUUGUCGUAUUUCUUGUAUUAUUUGUACAAUAUCUUAAAACACACCACAGCAUAUUGAAUGAAUUGAAACAUUCUUAAUGUGACCGCUUUGCGGAAUUUCCUGCUCUAUAGUAGAGAAUAAAAUAUUUUUAUCUACUACCAUGCAACAUUAAAACACCUAAUGUCGUAUUAAUCUUAUACUGAAUUUCAGCUUUUGUUUUUUUUUCGAACCCUUUUGAGCAACUUGUUUCAUAUGGACCGCCCAUUCCUUACUGCUCGUAAGUGCGUAAGUGUAUAAUUUAAAAAAAAAACAUUGUCAUUCACGCGCUUGCCGGGCUGAACGCCGCGCGACCU